CUCUAAGUAAGAAACACGUAUUUUCGUACCAUUGAACGUCCGUCAAAUGGGUGAGAAAUUUCAUAUUUUGUCACUGAACUGCACACGUUUGUAUGUCAACUCUCUUGUAAUUCUAACAACACACGCAAAUGGCUAUCUGAAUAAGAGUUAAUAAGAUAGGGCCACCCCGUCAUAAAUGGAUUAGAUAGAUAGAUUUCAGGCCAGAAAAUUCAUGAGAGCUUCUUCUCCUUCUCUUUUCUCUAUGCAGCAACUCCAUUUUUGAGAUGGAAUCAGCACUUUCAGCUACAGCGCCGACAUUCACUUUCUUCUCCAUUUCCAAUCCCCUAAACCGUCAUUUCUCCAACAGCAAAUACCCUCCCAUCGCUCCGCCCAUCCACACUCAUCUUUUCUCUCAGGGUCGAGUCGUUAGCCCUCUCGCCUCCCUCUCCUAUUCGUCUCCUCCAAGGAGCUUGUGUGCCGCCUCCAUUCCCAAACGCUUACACCGCCGUUUGGACUGCGUCGCGAGUUCCAACGCUUCUUCUGGGACCGGCGGCGGCGGCGGAGGCGUGUUUGGUGGCGAUGAUGGGAGUGGCGGCGGCGGUGGUGGGGAAGGGAUGGACGGCGGAGAUUCGAAGACGAAAUUGGGAGCGGGAGCGGCUGAUGAGCUCUCUGCCUUGCCUGCCGAUGUUAUUAUUCUUGAUGUUGGGGGAAUGAGUUGCGGCGGGUGUGCAGCGAGUGUGAAGAGAAUACUAGAAAGUCAACCCCAAGUGUCUUCUGCGACUGUCAAUCUCACAACGGAGACAGCAAUAGUGUGGCCUGUUUCAGAUGCCAAGGUUGUACCAAAUUGGCAAAAGGAGUUAGGAGAGGCACUAGCAAGACAGCUAACUAGCUGUGGUUUUAAAUCCAACCUUCGAGGUUUUCAUAUGAUUCAUGCAAAUUUGGUGGGUUUAGUGGCAGGUCAGGAAGCUAUUGAAGGAGACCUCUCAGCAUGAUAAUGAAAAACAUCCUGUUGAAGAGCAACCAUAAUUCCUUAUGGUCAACCGCGGCAGCCACUUGGAUAAAUUAGUUGGAGAGAGGAUUCUUUGGUGCUGAAGAACCCUAAUCUUUUGAAGAAUUAGUUGUGACCAUUUAUAGUAGUUAUCAAGAAACUGAGGUCUUUUCCUUCUUGGAAUGCUAAUUGUAUUCUACAGUAAGACAUUAACAACGGUGAAUGAAUAAUAUCGACUUUGGACAUAUUACCAUAAGUGUUAGAAUUUCUUCAAAUAAUGAAUAAUCUAGACUUUGCAUCCUUCACUGCAAUGUAUUCGAAUUACGAUUAUGACACCUUCAGAUACAUUUGGAUUGUCGGUUAGUUUCGGUGUAAUACCUUUUCCCUCAAAUCAUAGGGAAAACCGGUUGAAUGACAUCUUUUCGUGAGUUUAACCCUAUCAUUUCUCCGGUUCGAGACCGAUGCCUUAAGGUGCAGUAGCGGACUUACGGAGGAUCCGGUUGACGAUUUUGGACCA